CAGAUGGAGUUCAUUGCACUACUAGCUUCUUUGCUCUUGGUCUCAAUUCCUUCGGUAUCUUCUGUUUCAAUCAGUGGUGAAAUUUUCAGUCAGUGCAUGGCAGACUACAGCAAAAUUUCUGAUCAAAACAUUCACACCUCAAACUCUUCUUUGUAUUCAUCUCUUUUGCAAUCUUCCCAGCAAAACCCUAGGUGGUUAAACUCCACAUCGAAGCCUCUUCUCCUUGUCACACCUUCCCAUGAGUCUGAAAUCCAAGCCGCUGUUCUUUGCAGCAGGAAACUUGGCCUGCAAGUCAGGGUUAGAAGUGGAGGACAUGACUAUGAAGGCCUAUCUUACCUCUGCAAAACCGCAUUUAUCAUCAUUGACCUCAUCAAUCUCCGUUCCCUCAAGGUCAACCUUGCAGAUGAAACAGCUUGGGUGCAGUCAGGAGCCACACUUGGUGAGCUUUAUUAUAGCAUUGCCAUGAAAAGUGAGGUCCAUGGAUUUCCAGGAGGUUUGUGCCCUACUGUUGGGAUUGGAGGGCACUUCAGUGGAGGUGGGUUUGGAACCCAAAUCAGGAAGCAUGGCCUAGCAGCUGACAAUGUCAUAGAUGCUCGGUUAAUUGAUGUGAAUGGAAGAAUCCUUGACAGAAGAACAAUGGGUGAGGAUUUGUUUUGGGCCAUUAGAGGAGGUGGGGGAUCAAGUUUUGGGAUCAUAGUUUCAUGGAAAAUCAAAUUGGUUCAGGUUCCAAAAAUUGUGACGGGUUUUACAUUUGACAAAACCCUAGCCGAAGGAGCUACCAGCCUUGUUCACAGGUGGCAAUAUAUUGCAGACAAAUUUCAUGAAGAUCUUUUCAUCAGAGUCAUAAUUCAGAAAGUGGGGAGUGGGAAUCAGAAAACGGUUCAAGCAUCUUUCCAAUCACUGUUUCUUGGUAAAAUUGACAGAUUAAUCCCACUGAUUAAGCUGAGUUUUCCAGAGCUGGGAUUGCAGGCAAAAGACUGCAUUGAGAUGAGUUGGAUCCAAUCUGCCCAGUAUUUUGCUGGAUUCCAAAAAGACCAGCCCUCAGAUGUAUUGCUAUCUAGAAAUCCCCUCUGGAAGAUGAAUUUCAAGGCUAAAUCCGACUUCGUGAAGAACCCAAUACCCGAAUCGGGACUCCAAGGGAUUUGGGAGAGGUUUCAGCAGGAACAAAAUGUGUACAUGAUUUUGGAUCCAUAUGGUGGCAAAAUGAAUGAGAUCUCAGAACAUGAAAUCCCAUUUCCUCACAGAAAAGGUAAUUUGUUCAACAUACAGUACAUAGUGAAGUGGGAUGGAAGUGGAGUGGAGGAAACCAACAAGCAUAUCCACUGGAUAAGAAUGCUUUACAGAUUCAUGAGCCCUUAUGUUUCUAGGUCCCCAAGGGGUGCCUAUAUCAAUUACAAGGACCUUGAUUUGGGUGCCAACGUGCAAAACACAAGCUACUUGGAGGCAAGUACUUGGGGCACAAGGUACUUCAAGGGUAACUUCAAGAGGCUGGCACAGGUGAAGAGCAAGGCCGAUCCAGAUAACUUCUUCAGGAAUGAACAAAGCAUCCCUCCUCUUCCUUCUUUGUUUGAAAUCACAGAGGUUUGAAACAAAUGUUUCUUCAGGUUCAGGUGAAUUCCCUGUCU